CUCACAUCUAAUCUGUUCAGAAAACCUUCUUUCUUCAUUGCGAUUCUGCCACUUAGAAGACGAUUCGAAUAGAUAUACAUACUCUCACAAUGGCCCAACGCACUAUUCCCUCGUCCCAGCCAGGAGAAGAAGACGAUGCCUUCUCCCUUGACAGCUACGUUGAUCUCCCUGACAAUGGGUUCAUGCUCGCAACCACUUCCUUGGAAGACUUGGGUCCAAACCCAUCCAAUUUCGCGUCCGACGCCAUGAAUGUUUCUUCCCUCGCUACUGGGGGCUCUUCAAUGGAGGUCCCAUCUCAUGGAAGCGAUACUACCAUGACCUGGAUCCCACGGGACAUGCAGAUCAACAAUACCCCCCAGAUGGAUCUCAGUACCGCGUAUCUACAUUUCAAUGGCACCGGUGCAGGCUACACUGCGCAUCAUCCCCAGCACCAUGCUUCUGAAGUCUCGACCCACCAUACCGAGCAACAUGAGGGCGCCACCAAUUACCCAAGCGGGACUGGUUAUACGAGCACAUACCAACGACCAUUCUUCAACCCCGACAAUCUUCUCCGCACUCGUUCAGCUGGUACCCCCGCCAGGACGGCGAAUCGGCGCCUAGGACCUCGCAUACCAACAGCUACAACGGCAAGCAUUCAUGUUGGAGUCUACCAAUGCCGCUGGGAAGGCUGCCAUCCGCCGCGCUAUUUCGCUCGGGAGGGCGACCUGUGGCGACACAUACGAUCAAUCCACGUCUCCCCGCGUGCGCACGCCUGUCGAGGCUGCGGCAGGCCUUUCGGCCGGAAGGACCACUUGGAUCCUCACGAGGCGCGCUGUGGUGAAUUACGACUGGAGGCGGGACAUAUGCUAUGAGCUUGGCCGAUGAGGAUUUCGGCUCCUUGGUUUCUUCUUUUAGUUCUACUAGCCUCCCUUGCCCUUCUCCGCUUCUUUUCCUUCUUCUUUCUUUCUUUUCUUUUCUUUUUCUUUUCGUCCGUGGGUCGGUUUAUGAUGAUUAUUAUUUGGGGUCAUGAGUUCGAACCUGAGCGAGAUUUGCCCUGCUUGACAAAAAUUUCUAUAUAUUUACAUAUUUGCUUAGU